CCCUCCCUAUCUACUUACGUAGUUAUCUGAAGGACUUAUCCACAUCCCUCUUCACUACUAGUAUAUGGUUUAUGGCAGCCUAAAAUUACGCUUCCUUACCACCACUCCACUUGAUAUGAAUGGGAAAUGAAAAGCUUCUCCUCAGGAUUCCAUUUCCCAGACCAACCACGAAUUUCAGGAGAAAGAGAAAGCACAGAGGAAGGUAAAUUACUACAACAAGAAGUAGAGAAAAGAUCAGAGUUCAACAAUUGUGAAUGGGAUUUCAGUCUCUCGACAGUUGUGUCCUCCAACGACUGCCGCGGCGCCGCAUCCAACACCCUCGGUGUAAUCGAGUUCAACCCAUCAAACACCGUCUUAGCCACCGGCGGAAUCGCCAGAAAAAUCAGAGUUUACAGCCUGAAAUCUCUAUUGCCCAAUUACGAUAAUCAAACUUGUGGAAGUUCAAGUGAUACUAUGGCGGAUUUGAUAGACCACGUAGAUGCAUGCGACUACACCAUUUGCACUCCCGCCAAGCUCAGCAGCCUCCGCUGGCGGCCCGGAUCCGACGGCCGGGUCAUGGCCUCCGGCGACUACGACGGCGUCGUCACGGAAUACGACAUCAAAACAAAACUACCCAUCUUCGAGCGCGACGAGCACGGCGGGCGCAGAGUCUGGAGCGUGGAUUAUUCGCAUUCUGAUCCGGUUCUCGGAGCGUCUGGCUCCGACGAUGGGACACUACAGAUGUGGGACCCGCGCUGCGAGGGCGGGGAAUGCGUGGCGAGUGUGCAGCCCAGUGACGCGCGAAGUCCGGUCUGCUGCGUGGAGUUUGAUCCGUUCGGCGGCGCGCUUCUGGCCGUUGGAUGCGCGGACCGGAAGGCCUACGCCUACGAUGUUCGGAAAGUGGCGGGCCCGGUUAUGGUCUUCGACGGACACAGGAAAACCGUGACGUACGUGCGGUUUCUCGACAGCCGUACGGUGGUGACAGCUGCAACGGACGGGUGUUUGAAGCUGUGGGACACGGAGGAUUCGCGGGCGAUUGAGACGUACAAGGGGCACGCGAACAGUCGGAGCUUUGUUGGGUUAUCGGUGUGGAGAAACGGAGGGCUAAUUGGAUGCGGGUCGGAAAAUAACCGGCUUUUCGUGUACGAUAAGAGGUGGGGCGAGCCCAUUUGGGUCCACGAGUUUGGGGCGGUGGCUGCCGGUGGCAGUAGUGGUGGGUGCGGUGAGGAGGAAGGCGCGUUUGUGAGUAGCGUGUGCUGGCGACAAGUUGGUGAGGAGCAGUGCACGCUGGUGGCGGGUGGAUCAGAUGGGGUUUUGCAGGUUUUUCUGGGGAGGAGGAAGUCACUCACGUCGGAUUAGAAAUUGUUGAAAAUUCAAUUAAUUGAAUAUUUAUUUCAUAAAAUUUAUUGAGAUUGUUCCGAGAAAAAUAUUAGCACAAAAUUAAGAUGCCAUUUUGUUAUUGUUAAGGUUGUGUGAAAUUAGUUUUCUAACAUUAUAUUCAUGCAGCUAUGUAUCGUCCCAAGAAAUAUUAAGAAGAUUCUUUUAAAG